AUUCCCUACUAUUGAUUCUACCCAAACUUUUACUCUUAUCUUCCUCGUAUGAAUUGUUUCUUCGUAAAUUCAUCGUCUUUCGAUUGAAUUGGAGUCAUAAAUCAAUUGGAUUCAGAUCUAACUCAAGUUAGUGUUAAGUGUUGUUUCUAUUGGAUGCAAUCGUGUGAUAUUGAAUACAUCUCUGAUGGGAGAAGGAACUAUUUGUUUGGAGAUGCCAAAGGAAGAGAAUUCAUCAAUGGGUCAAUUCAAAAGAGAGAGACUUGAUGAUGAUACUGAUGAAAGUAAUAAAGGUGAUCACUUUCCCAAUAAGAAACAAGCUAAAGAAGCUUCUAACGAUGACAUUACAUCGGAGAUUUCAAAUCCCGUCGCGUCUCCGGUUGAAAGCACGUCACUUUUUCGUGAUGUCUCUAGCCAGCCGGUUAAGUCCGGUUUAGGUGAGUGCUCCGUGAGUGAUUUUGGUUCCGAAGAGACUGUUAGUGACGAUGCAUCCGUAGCAGGUAGCUCACAAACAGAGCAGUCGAGUGAUGUUUUACCAUCUCGUUUUGUGUUGGAGAUUCCUAAGCAUCUAAGCUCGACUGGGAUCACGAAAAUCACGUUUAAGUUGAGUAAACCAAAGAAGGAAUUUGAUGAUUUGCCUGUGAUAAAGGAUCAUACUUGUGACGUUGGUGUUGUGAAGAUGCCGAAGAAGAUUGUUGCUUUGAGCUACCCAUCUAAUGUGAAGAAGCUAUUGGAAACGGGUAUACUUGAAGGCGCUCCAGUGAAGUAUAUUUCAACCCCACCUGUGAGAGAGCUUCAGGGGAUAAUCCAUUCGGGUGGGUAUUUGUGUGGCUGUACCACUUGCAGUUUCUCGAAAGUUCUAAGUGCGUAUGAGUUUGAGCAGCAUGCUGGUGCAAAAACUAGACAUCCUAAUAAUCACAUAUUUUUGGAGAAUGGAAGGGCAGUUUAUAACAUAGUUCAAGAACUGAAGACUGCUCCUCGUGAUGUUCUUGAGGAAGUGAUAAGGAGUGUAGCUGGUUCUGCUCUGAAUGAGGAAGGCUUACAAGCUUGGAAAGCAAGUUUCCAACAGAGUAAUAGCAUGUCUGACCGGAACCAUAUCACGGAACAUUCCACUGUCAGUUAUCUUGGUUCUGGUACUGGUCCUGGUGUUGAUGAGAGUCAGAGCCUUACUCCAUGCUCUGUGGAGAACCAUUAUUUUCCAGAGAAAACAUAUGCAAAGGACACAUUAGAUGAGCCGAAGCGGAUAGCAAAGAAGCUUACUUCUCAUGUAUCUGGUACGGGUUGCCAUAAGAAAGUUUCUGAAGGAAGCAACAGAAAGAGGGACAAUGAUUUACAUCGGUUGCUGUUUAUGCCUAAUGGGCUUCCGGACGGGACUGAAUUGGCUUACUAUGUGAAAACGCAGAAACUACUACAUGGUUACAAGCAAGGAAGUGGUAUAGUAUGUAGCUGCUGCAGCAGAGAGAUUAGUCCUUCACAAUUCGAAGCGCAUGCUGGAAUGGCUGCUAGACGACAACCUUAUCGCCAUAUCUUCAUCUCUUCUGGAUUGUCAUUGCAUGAUAUAGCCAUGUCACUUGCCAAUGGACAUGUCAUUACAACUGGUGACAGUGAUGACAUGUGUUCUAUUUGUGGGGAUGGUGGAGAUUUGGUACUUUGUGCUGGAUGUCCUCAAGCAUUUCAUACAGCUUGUUUGAAAUUUCAGUCUGUGCCUGAAGGUACUUGGUACUGUUCGAGCUGCAAUGAUGGACCUAUCUCUAGUAAAAAGGCUACUGCUACUGAUCCUUCUGGCAACGCUAGGCCCAUAGUUAUAAGACUGUCAAGAGUCGUGAAAGCACCAGAAAGCGAAAUUGGUGGCUGUGUGUUCUGCAGGUCCCAUGAUUUUAGCAUUGGAAAAUUUGAUGAUAGGACUGUUAUUCUCUGUGACCAGUGUGAGAAAGAGUACCAUGUUGGUUGCUUGAGAGAGAAUGGGCUCUGUGAUUUGAAAGAAAUCCCGCAGGAGAAAUGGUUCUGCUGUAGCGACUGCAGCAGGAUUCACACGGCAGUUCAGAAUUCUGUUUCUUGUGGGGCACAAACUAUUCCUACACCUUUGUUAGACAUGAUAUGCAGAAAAGACAGAGAAAAAGGAAUAUUUACCGAUAAUGGGGAUACAGUCGAAUGGAGAAUACUUAGUGGAAAAAGUCGAUACCCAGAGCAUCUGCCCUUGCUUUCACGAGCGGCUGUAAUCUUCAGGGAGUGUUUUGAUCCCAUUGUUGCAAAGUCUGGCCGCGAUCUCAUUCCUGUCAUGGUGUAUGGGAGAAAUAUAUCUGGCCAGGAGUUUGGAGGAAUGUACUGUUUGGUCCUGAUUGUAAAUUCUCUUGUUGUUUCUGCUGCGCUGCUGAGGAUAUUUGGUCAGCAAGUUGCUGAACUUCCUAUUGUAGCCACUAGCCGAGAGUACCAAGGAAGGGGCUACUUCCAAGGGCUGUAUGCUUGUGUAGAGAAUCUUCUUUCUUCUUUAAAUGUUGAGAACCUGGUUCUUCCGGCAGCUGAAGAAGCAGAGUCUAUAUGGACAAAGAAGUUUGGCUUUACAAAGAUGUCUGACCAGCAAUUGCAGGAGUACCAAAAGGAAGUGCAGCUUACAAUAUUCAAAGGAACCUCAAUGCUAGAGAAGAAAAGGAAACGGCGACGUUUCGAUCUCAAAUCCUUUGUCCCACUUGCUAAAAUGGCGUUCGUUUCCAGCUUUCGCCGUCUCGUUGCCGGAUCCAACAGCCUCUUGUAUUCUCCAUUUUUCUUUGUUCGCCACUGCUCAACUCUUACGUCUCCCAGGCUCUUCGUUAGCGGUCUCUCCAGACUCACAACAAAUGAGAAGCUUCAGGAUGCAUUUGCUUCUUUUGGACAGCUCGUGGAUGCUAGAGUGAUCACAGACAGAGAGACCGGGAGAUCAAAGGGUUUCGGUUUUGUUACAUAUGCAACAAUUGAAGAUGCAGAGAAGGCCAAGGCAGAGAUGAACGCAAAGUUCUUGGACGGUUGGGUGAUUUUUGUGGAUCCUGCAAGACCUAGAGAACCAAGACGGCCUCUGCAACAUGAGCCGCCUCGGUCUUCCUCUGGAUCUGGUUUCACAACCAACAAAACCAUCGGCUGGUACAAAAAGUACAAUCAAUUCGGCGAUUGGUCUCAGAAGAUGCAUUCUUGUUCUCAUACUCACUUCGUAUCCUUCAAGCUUCCUCAUUUUUUCGCGCCUAAGAGUUUUGUGGCGUCUUCACGGAGAGAAUUAAGAGUGUUCGCAGUGGCAACAACAGUGGAGGAGGCGUCUGGUAAUAUACCAGCGGCUCCGAUUUCUCUACCUGAAGGGUCAUGGAAACAGAUAGCUGGUGGAGUUACAGCUGCUAAAGGGUUUAAAGCUGCUGGUAUGUAUGCUGGUUUACGAGCUGCAGGGAAGAAACCUGAUCUCGCUCUUGUAACCUGUGAUGUCGAAGCUGUAGCUGCAGGUGUGUUUACUACCAAUGUGGUUGCUGCUGCUCCUGUAGUUUACUGCAAAAAAGUUCUUGAGACUUCGAAAACGGCUCGUGCAGUGUUGAUCAAUGCCGGUCAGGCCAAUGCAGCUACAGGUGAUGCCGGUUACCAAGAUAUGUUAGAUUGUGUUGGAUCUAUUGCGACGCUACUUAAAGUGAAGCCAGAGGAAGUGUUAAUUGAAUCAACUGGUGUUAUCGGUCAGAGAAUAAAAAAGGAAGAGCUUCUUCAAGCACUUCCAGCCCUAGUCAACUCGAGAUCAGACGCUGUUGAAGAGGCAGAUUCUGCUGCUGUAGCAAUCACGACAACAGAUCUUGUAAGCAAGAGCGUUGCAAUUGAAUCACAGGUUGGUGGAAUCAAGAUUCGAGUUGGUGGUAUGGCAAAAGGCUCCGGGAUGAUCCAUCCAAAUAUGGCAACUAUGUUAGGUGUCAUCACAACAGAUGCACUAGUUGAAAGUGAUAUCUGGAGAAAGAUGGUAAAGGUUGCAGUAAACCGAAGUUUCAACCAGAUCACUGUAGAUGGAGACACAAGUACUAACGACACAGUCAUUGCUUUAGCGAGCGGGCUAUCUGGAUCACCUUCUAUAUCAUCUUUGAACUGUAACGAAGCUGCACAGCUUCAGGCAUGCCUCGAUGCGGUGAUGCAAGGACUUGCUAAAUCAAUAGCUUGGGAUGGUGAAGGUGCUACAUGUCUCAUCGAGGUAACUGUUAAAGGAGCAGAAACUGAAGGAGAAGCAGCGAAAAUUGCACGCUCGGUGGCUUCCUCUUCCCUAGUCAAAGCAGCUGUUUAUGGGAGAGAUCCAAACUGGGGACGCAUAGCUGCAGCUGCUGGCUAUGCCGGGGUUUCUUUCCAGAUGGAUAAGCUGAAGAUAUCGCUCGGCGAUUUCUCACUCAUGGAGAGUGGUCAACCUCUUCCGUUUGACAGGGAUGGAGCCAGUAUCUACCUCAAGAAAACCGGCGAGGUUCACGGAACAGUUACAAUCGAUAUAUCCGUAGGUGAUGGUGCAGCCAUCGGAAAGGCAUGGGGAUGCGACCUUAGCUAUGACUAUGUCAAGAUCAACGCUGAGUACACCUCAUAGGACUGAGACUGAGAGACAGAGUUUCAUGUACUAUUGUUGUGUUAUGAUCUCAAAUUAUAAACUGAUUUUGCUUCA